AUGGCCGACAAUCACAGAAGGGCGUACCCCCCGCCACGAGAGGGCCCAGAGAGCUCGCAUUAUCCACCGCCCCCAGAGGAAGACGAAGAUAGGAGGAGGCUCCCGCCAGUUGGGGGGAGCGGCAUGAGCUUGCCGUCAAUCUCUUCUUAUCCACCACCACCAGCUUCGUACCCGCCGUCUGACCCACGCUAUCCAGAUCGAGGGUAUUCUGCAGACCCGCGAUAUCAAGAUUCAAGGAGUUGGCCCGCAGACCCUCAAGCACCUAGUGGAUAUCCUCCGCCACCUCCAGACUCACGAUACCCGCCCUUGCCGUCGGUGAACGCGCCGCCACGGCGUUAUGAUGAUCGGCCGCCAUACGACGACAGGAGGCCGUAUGACGAUCACAGACCAUACAAUGACCCUUACUACGGGCCGCCUCCACACGCGUCCAGGCCCCCUAGUUACCCACCCCCUGGAUCUGAUCCAUACUACAGGUACCCGCCGGGAACUCCGUAUCCCUAUGGGGCUCCUCAACAGGCACCGCCUCAGCAGCAAGCUGCACCAAGGCAAAGGACAUCGAUUGCGUGCCGCUAUUGUCGAAAGAGAAAGAUUCGCUGCAGUGGUUACCAGAACACGCAAAAUGGAAAGUGCACCAACUGCGACAAGCUUCGAAUCGACUGCGUAUUCCAGCCGGUAUCUUCUAAUUCCUCAGCCGCCUUCGUUCCAGUCCAGGCGCUCCCCGGAGGAGUGCCUCCCGGAACACCCCUCUUUGGAGCGUGGGGACAGCCUCUCGGUUCAACGGGCUCACAGGGACCACCUCCGCAACGGCCUUACCCGCAACACCCCCCGUCUGACUACCCGCCACCUUUGAAUUCGCCCACAGCUGCGUAUCCUCCAUACGACGACCGGGAAGGCAGUCGCCGACGAAGCCGCCCACCUGAAGACGAUCCGAGUUUGCGACCUGGCCCUCCCAACUACCCGCCUGACGACGAUCCGCGAAGACGCUCUCCCGCUUCAAACCACAGCAACGGCACUCCCCCGACGGGCUAUCACCAGUAUCAACACGGCGUCUACGACCAGGACAGGACCCCAACUCCUCAAAAGCCGAGUCCCAGCGGUCCCAGUGCUCCUCCGAUGCACCCUCAGCAGCCGCCGCCUCUGGUGGCUCACUCACCGCCUUCUGGUGCCUCCACCAACCCAAUGAGUCUCGGACACCUUAUCAGCACGGAUGAGCGUGAACGAGGCGGUCCUAACGCCGGGAUCGAUCGCGACAUGCUCGGGAGACUGGGUCGGAGAUCCUAA